CAUACUCCCACCCACUCUAACUAUCGUGUUCAUCUUUAUUUCUUCAGCAUAUAUGACAUCUGUAAAUUUCACAAAUCUUAUCAUACUCUCUUCUUUCGGUCGAAUUCUAUAUAAUAAACUUUCAAUCAUCAAAAUCAAGCUCAUCAAUUUCAUCUAAAUCACUAGAUUUUUUGAAAAUCGAUCUUUAACAGUGAUUUUUUCAUAGUGAUCUCCCAAAAAUAUGGGGAGCGAGGAAGAAGUUGGAGUAAUCGAGGAGAGAGAAUCAAACGAAGCUAUAAUUUACAUCAAUGGAGUUCGGAGAUUACUUCCUGAUGGUUUAGCUCACUUGACUCUUCUUGAGUAUCUCAGAGAUUUAGGCUUAACUGGGACAAAAUUAGGCUGUGGUGAAGGAGGUUGUGGUGCUUGUACUGUGAUGGUCUCCUAUUUGGAUCGACAGCACAAGAAAUGUGUGCACCAUGCAGUCAAUGCAUGCUUAACUCCACUAUACUCCGUGGAAGGAAUGCAUAUAAUCACAGUGGAGGGUAUUGGAAACCGUAAACUUGGCUUGCAUCCAGUGCAGGAAUUGUUAGCAGGCUCACAUGGCUCACAGUGUGGAUUUUGUACUCCUGGAUUUGUCAUGUCCAUGUAUGUUCUAAGGUCUAGUCAAACUCCUCCAACUGAGCAGCAAAUUGAAGAAAGUCUGGCAGGGAACUUGUGUCGCUGCACAGGUUAUAGGCCAAUUAUCGAUGCCUUUAGAGUUUUUGCUAAAGAUGACAUGAUAUACACAGUUGGUAACUCGGCAAGCCAACAAGGCAACGAGUUUAUUUGUCCUUCGACUGGUAAACCCUGCUCAUGUGGAAAAAAGUCUGAUGGGAACACUGGCAAUACGAAGGAAAGCGGGGCUUGCAGUGAAAGGUACAAACAGCUUUCUUACAGUGAUGUUGAUGGUAGCAAAUACAAUGACCGAGAGCUUAUUUUUCCUCCUGAACUAUUGCUAAGGAGAUCUUCUUUUUUGAGUUUGAGUGGAUUUAAUGGACUUAAGUGGUAUAGACCUUUGUCACUUCAACAUGUUCUUGAGUUAAAAUCCAAAUAUCCAGAUGCAAGGUUGGUGAUUGGUAACACUGAGGUUGGAAUUGAAAUGAGGUUGAAGAGAAUGCAGUAUAAAGCUCUUGUAUCAGUUGCACAGGUACCUGAGUUAAAUAUUUUAAAUGUGAAAGAUGAUGGAUUGGAGAUAGGAGCUGCUGUGCGACUGUCUGAGCUUCUAAGUGUUUUGAGGAGAGUUUCUGUAGAGCGUGCUACUCAUGAAAUAUCAACCUGUAAUGCUUUCGUUGAGCAAAUAAAGUGGUUUGCCGGAACUCAGAUUAGAAAUGUUGCAUCUGUAGGUGGGAAUAUAUGCACUGCUAGUCCAAUAUCAGAUUUGAAUCCUCUUUGGAUGGCAGCUGGAGCAAAGUUUCAAAUCAUUGAUAGCAAGGGAAACAUUAGAACAGUGUUGGCAGAAGAUUUUUUCCUUGGUUAUCGCAAGGUUGAUUUGUCAAGUGAUGAGAUUUUACUAUCGAUACAUUUACCAUGGACUAGGCCUUUCGAGUUUGUGAAAGAGUUCAAGCAGGCUCAUCGUAGAGAUGAUGAUAUUGCAUUAGUAAAUGCUGGAAUGCGUGUUCAUCUCGAGAAGAAAGAUGAAGAAUGGCUUGUCUCAGAUGCAUCAAUUGUUUACGGAGGGGUUGCUGCUGUUUCUUUUCUUGCUUCAAAAACAAAAGAGUUUCUCAUAGGAAAGAGUUGGAAUAAGGAUUUGUUAGGUGAGGCAUUAAAAGUCUUAGAGGAGGACAUUUUUCUGAGGGAAGAUGCACCUGGUGGAAUGGUGGAUUUCAGAAAAUCUCUGACAUUGAGUUUCUUCUUCAAAUUCUUUUGGUGGGUUUCUCGUGAAAUGGAUGUAAAGACAUGUUUGACAGAAACAGUACCACCAUCUUAUCUGUCAGCAAUACAGCCAUCCCAUAGGCCAUCUGUUAUGGGGAGUCAGGACUAUGAUAUGGUCAAACAUGGGACAGCUGUGGGAUCUCCAGAGGUUCAUUUAUCUGCAACACUUCAGGUCACAGGUGAGGCAGAAUACGUUGAUGAUAUGGGGAUGCCGCCUAAUGGUUUGCAUGCUGCUUUAAUUCUGAGUAAAAAGCCUCAUGCCCGCAUAGUCUCAAUUGAUGAUUCUGGGGCAAAGACUUUGCCUGGGUUUGCAGGCAUAUUUUUUGCCAAAGAUGUCCCUGGGGAUAAUCAUAUUGGACCCGUUGUCGCUGAUGAGGAGCUCUUUGCUUCAGAAUUGGUAACUUGUGUGGGCCAGGUAAUUGGCAUAGUUGUUGCUGAUACCCAUGAAAAUGCAAAACUAGCAGCGGGAAAAGUGCAUGUAGAGUAUGAAGAGUUGCAUCCUGUUUUAUCUAUAGAGGAUGCACUCAAAUUUAAAAGUUUUCAUCCUGGCUCAGAGAAGCAAUUCCUGAAAGGCGAUGUUGAUCUCUGCUUUCAGUUAGGUGCAUGUGACAGGAUCAUUGAAGGAGAGGUACAAGUAGGUGGUCAAGAACAUUUCUACUUGGAAACACAUAGCAGUUUAGUAUGGACCAUGGACAGUGGUAAUGAGGUCCAUAUGAUUUCAUCUACUCAAGCUCCUCAGAAGCAUCAGAAGUAUGUCAGUCACGUACUUGGUCUUCCUAUGUCAAAAGUAGUUUGCAAAACCAAGAGAAUUGGUGGCGGUUUUGGCGGCAAGGAGACAAGAUCAGCUUUUAUUGCUGCUGCAGCCUCUGUUCCGUCUUAUCUGUUAAACCGGCAUGUAAAACUCACCUUAGACCGAGAUGUAGACAUGAUGAUAACUGGGCAGCGUCACAGCUUUCUUGGGAAGUAUAAGGUUGGAUUCACAAAUGAGGGAAAGGUACUAGCUCUGGACCUUGAGAUAUAUAACAAUGCUGGAAAUUCACUUGAUCUCUCUCUUGCUGUCCUUGAACGCGCAAUGUUUCAUUCAGACAAUGUUUAUGAGAUACCAAAUGUCCGCAUAAAUGGCAAAGUUUGCUUCACCAAUCUUCCAAGCAAUACUGCCUUCCGUGGAUUCGGUGGCCCACAAGGGAUGCUGAUUGCUGAAAAUUGGAUUCAGAGGAUAGCCAUGGAGCUCGAGAAGAACCCGGAGGAGAUCAGGGAAAUAAACUUCCAAAGUGAAGGAUCAAUAUUGCACUAUGGCCAAAUACUUGAGCAUUGUACAUUACCCGAGUUGUGGAAUCAACUGAAAUUAUCAUGCGACUUCCAUAGAGCACGUGCUGAGGUUGAUGACUUUAAUGUUCAUAAUAGAUGGAAAAAGCGUGGACUUGCUAUGGUUCCUACAAAAUUUGGAAUCUCAUUUACAACUAAGUUUAUGAACCAGGCAGGUGCUCUUGUUCAAGUUUAUACUGACGGCACAAUACUAGUUACCCAUGGAGGUGUCGAGAUGGGACAAGGCUUACAUACAAAAAUUGCCCAGAUUGCUGCUUCUGCUUUUGAUGUUCCUCUUAGCUCUGUAUUCAUAUCAGAGACUAGUACUGACAAGGUUCCAAAUUCAUCACCCACUGCAGCAUCAGCAAGUUCUGAUAUGUAUGGUGCUGCAGUUUUAGAUGCUUGUGAGCAAAUAAAAACAAGAAUGGAUCCUAUUGCUUCGAAACACAACUUUGAUUCAUUUGCUGAGCUGGCACUUGCGUGCUAUCUGGAGCGAAUAGACCUAUCUGCUCAUGGAUUCCAUGCUACUCCUGACAUUGGAUUUGAUUGGAAAACUGGCAAGGGGAACCCUUUCAGGUAUUUCACGUACGGUGCUGCUUUUGCGGAGGUUGAGAUAGAUAUGACUGGAGAUUUCCAGACAAGAGUUGCAAAUAUCAUUCUUGAUCUCGGACAUUCCCUCAAUCCAGCCAUUGAUGUUGGUCAGAUUGAAGGAGCAUUCAUACAGGGGCUGGGUUGGGUUGCUUUAGAGGAGCUCAAGUGGGGAGAUGCAGCUCAUAAGUGGAUACCUCCUGGCUACCUGUAUACAUGUGGACCUGGGAAUUAUAAAAUUCCAUCUGUCAAUGAUGUUCCUACAAAAUUCAAUGUCUCUCUUUUGAAGGGAGCUCCAAAUGUUAAGGCUAUACAUUCUUCAAAAGCUGUUGGCGAACCUCCAUUUUUUCUUGCUUCCGCAGCCUUUUUUGCCAUCAAGGAUGCUAUCGCAGCUGCUAGAGCAGAAGCAGGCUACAGUGGUUGGUUUCCUCUUGACAAUCCUGCUACACCUGAGAGAAUCCGUAUGGCUUGCACUGAUGAAUUUACGUUGAGAUUUGUCGAUCCAAAAUUCCGUCCUCAACUCAGUAUCUGAGUUGAUUCUCAUGGAAUUUUGAGUUUUGUGUACCAUCACAUGAACAAAUACCCCUAGUUCCAGGGGUUAGAAGAUCGAUUCUCAUCCGUGCAUAUGGUGAGUGGGCCUGCCAUACAUAUUUCAAAAUGAAAAAGAAAUCUUCACUACCGUGUAAAUUAAUCAAACAUGUAAACUGAUAUGUUGGUUUAGUAGAAAGUGAGAUCAUUGUAAUAUGUACAACCACAAGCUAGUUACUCGUGUCUAAUCACUACCGCUUGGAGUAUUUAAAUUAGCAUUAUAGAGGCUAAGAUAAGAUCGAUCUAAAUAUGAGUUGAGCUUGUGAUCAUUUAUGAGCUUCAAAGUUUAGGGCUCGAGUUGAACUUGCACAGGUCUGAAGUGUUUGAUUGUUUCUCAAGCCGCUUGACUCAAUUCCAAUUUUCUAAUAAUUCAGCUGGAAUUAAGUUGCUUGAGUUUCAGUACAAUAAUGAAAAUCAUAAAUUGCCAUUUUUUUAUUUUCAAA